GCUUGACAGUAGGUUAAGUACUGAGGUAACUGCAGAAAAUCAUGAAGGGAUUCAUUCUUUUGGCUCUGUUCGCUGUGGCAUUCGCCGCUCCAAUUGAGGAUGACAAGAUCGUUGGAGGGUAUGAGUGCAAGAAGAACGCUCUGCCUUACCAGGUGUCCCUGAGCUCGGGCUACCACUUCUGUGGAGGUUCUCUGAUCUCUAGCUACUGGGUGGUGUCCGCUGCUCACUGCUACAAGUCCCGCAUCCAGGUGCGUCUGGGUGAGCACAACAUCGCUGUUAACGAGAACACCGAGCAGUUCAUCAACUCUGCCCAGGUCAUCAAGCACCCCAGGUACAGCGACCGCAACCUGGACAACGACAUCAUGCUGAUCAAGCUGAGCAAGCCAGCCACCAUCAACAACUAUGUGCGCACCGUUUCCCUGCCCUCCAGCUGUGCUGGUGCCGGCAGCAGCUGUCUGAUCUCUGGCUGGGGCAACACCCUCAGCAGCGGCACCAACUACCCCGACCGUCUGAGGUGUCUGGAUGCCCCUAUCCUGAGCGACAGCAGCUGCAGGAACGCCUACCCUGGACAGAUCACCUCCAACAUGUUCUGUGCUGGCUACCUGGAGGGAGGCAAGGACUCUUGCCAGGGUGACUCCGGUGGCCCCGUGGUGUGCGGCGGUCGUCUACAAGGUGUGGUGUCCUGGGGAUACGGCUGUGCCCAGAGGAACAAGCCCGGUGUCUACGCCAAGGUCUGCAACUACGUCUCCUGGAUCCAGAGCACUAUGAAAAUCAUGAAGGGAUUCAUUCUUUUGGCUCUGUUCUCUGUGGCAUUCGCCGCUCCAAUUGAGGAUGACAAGAUCGUUGGAGGGUAUGAAUGCGGGAAGAACUCUGUACGUUACCAGGUGUCCCUGAACUCUGGCAACCACUUCUGUGGAGGUUCUCUGAUCUCUAGCUACUGUGUGGUGUCCGCUGCUACCUGCUACAAGUCCAGCAUCCAGGUGCGUCUGGGUGAGCACAACAUCGCUGUUAACGAGAACACCGAGCAGUUUAUCGACUCUGCCAAGGUCAUCAAGCACCCCAUGUACAGCGACCGCAACCUGGACAACGACAUCAUGCUGAUCAAGCUGAGCAAGCCAGCCACCAUCAACAACUAUGUGCGCACCGUUUCCCUGCCCUCCAGCUGUGCUGGUGCCGGCAGCAGCUGUCUGAUCUCUGGCUGGGGCAACACCCUCAGCAGCGGCACCAACUACCCCGACCGUCUGAGGUGUCUGGAUGCCCCUAUCCUGAGCGACAGCAGCUGCAGGAACGCCUACCCUGGACAGAUCACCUCCAACAUGUUCUGUGCUGGCUACCUGGAGGGUGGCAAGGACUCUUGCCAGGGUGACUCCGGUGGCCCCGUGGUGUGCGGCGGUCGUCUACAAGGUGUGGUGUCCUGGGGACACGGCUGUGCCCAGAGGAACAAGCCCGGUGUCUACGCAAAGGUCUGCAACUAUGUCUCCUGGAUCCAGAGCACCAUGUAUUACAACUAAAUAAUCUGGACUGUA